UCAAUUUGCUUUCUCAUCGGUGGUCUUCUUCGUCCGUCGUGAUUGUGUUAGGGUUCGCAAAAUUGCAGCUUCCCUUCACAGUUUUCGUCCCGAAAAAUCCAUAGUAUCGCGUGACACGGUACGCUAUUUUAUCACUUGUCUGCGAGUAAUUAGGAGAAAACUAUUUAAGCUUCUGAGAAGGCUGUUAAUCUCUGUGCAUAGCAUUGAAGCACUUGAAAGAUGCAGAAAUUGGGAGAGUUUAAAUUACCACCUUUCUUCAAUUACCCACCUUACUUCACUUUGCAGCCAGUCAGAGACACAAGAGAGAAGCAGAUACAGCUAUGGAAAGAUCUUAUUUUAGAUUUUUGUAAAACACAGAAGAUAUUUAUAAUUGGGCUUGAAGAAGAAUUUCCACUAUUUACAAAUCAUGGAAUUGAAAGGUCUCUUACUCAUGAAGCCAGAGAAGCUUUCCUUUCAGCAUUAGUGUCUGAAGGGCGUGCAGAAUGGAUGGAUAAAGGACAUAGGAAAUGUCUUAUUCUCUGGCAUCGGAUUCAAGAUUGGGCUGAUAUUUUAAUACAGUUUGCAAAAGAUAAUGGGCUGGAAGAUGGUGUUGUCACAAUAGAAGAAAUACGAUCAGGCACUGAAUCUCAAGGAACAGAUCUUCAUGGAAUAGAUCGAACUAUUUUGAAUCGAGCACUGAAACUAUUAGAACAGAAGGGAAAGCUUGUGGUCUUUAAAGGAACUUCAACUGAUGAUGAAGGAGUUAAAUUUUCUUUAUAAUUGUUUUGUGUAUUAAUCUAUUGAAUCUUGGGGGAUUUUACAUAUGUAACCAACAGGGGAAUCUUUUGCUAUCUACUUGAUGAGUUUGUUGAUGUGCAAGGUGUGUAAGAACCAGCUGUAGUAAAUUGCUAUCAAUUUUCAUUUCGGGAGCUUUGCUGUGUUAAGUGCUUAGCUUUGUGGCUAUUGUAGUUAAAUUAGUGAAACUACGCUCCCUGUGAAAUCAUGAAAUUCGUAAAUAGGAGGGGUUCCAACGUGCCAAAAGCUAUCCUAGUAUCAAACAUUGAUAUUAUUAAAAAUAAUGAAGUUGCUUCUGUGUCAA